UUAUUAUGUAACGGUGGUCCGCGUCGCCUUUCGUAUUAUCUUGGCGGCUGAGCGGGCAAAACGCGCGACGCACCGCUGCCAAUCGCGUCCGUCCAACUGCCGGCGCCGCACUAUUUCGAUUCAAACCGAAAACCCGAUCACUUUUGCAUCUAUUUUGCCGGCAAAAAAACAUAUAACAGUGACAUUGGCACGAGAAAUCCAGUGAUAAAAGACGAACACAUUAGCAGCAUGUGCGCGGACAAGUGAUUUUUUCAGAAAACUGCACUAUUUCGCAUCUCCGUUAGGAAAAUACACAAGCUCCGAAAAAAGUACCAAAAUAAUGUGGACCCAGAGUGCGUUGGUUCUUUCGCUGCUUAGGGCAGUCCUGAGUGCAUCCAUAGUUCAUUGCCCGGAAGAAACGACUUGCAGCGAAGAGGGAAGCAUUGAAGCAAAAUCAUUUGCUUUUCUUAACGACCUAGAUACCAAAUAUUACCGUGACGUAACUAGAUUAACCAUAUCAAAUGCCUCGUUGGACAAGAUACCUCCAGAACUAAAAUACUUCAAAGAGCUAAAAUAUUUAGACUUAUCGCACAACAAUAUCGAGAUCACCUCGAUCCCCUCACUGCCAAAGCUACUAGUACUCAAGUUGCAGAACAACAACCUGAAGAGCUUGAGUUUUUCGAUGCUACCAAAGAAUAUUGAGGAGUUGGACCUUUCAAAUAACUUGCUCUCUCGCAUACCUCAAGAUUACACCGCUCUGAGAGCGCUGAAGGUUCUGGAUUUGUCAAAGAACUUGUUUGACUGCGACUGUUACAAUUACAACGUGCUAACUUACAGGAAAUUGCUGAAAGAUCGCAUUCAUAUGCCGAAUGCCGUGACCUGCGAGUAUCCAGUGCAAUUUUCUGGAAAAAACAUCGACACGAUAAAUUGCACGUUAAAUGAUAUAAUGGUGUACGAUGAGCCAGAGGAAGGAUCCGGAAUGGUGGACGAUAUAUUUAACGAGACUUUGGAGGCAACCCCUGCUGCGCCCCAUCUUCAAGAAGACGAUUUGGUCGAAGAAAAUGAGUUUAUCGACGAUGCAGAUCAACUACCCAAAGACGAACAGACGCUCAAUGUCAGCGAUGUUAGCGAAGCGCAAGAAGAAGGUAGCGGAGAUGUAGAAGGCAGCGGGUUUGCUCCUAUAGAACUCCAUGUGAUCCCUGUAUGUCAUAUUAACUGUUCUACUCCAGAACCCGUAGGUUCCCACGACGGUAAUGACACGGCUCCAGUCCCUGCUCCGACCGAUCAGCUAAAGAUCAUCGCCGAAGAUGUUUUUAACCCAAUUUUAAUGGAACCAACGCCUUCCACAACAACCACCACCACCCAGACAAUCGCUUCCUCGACUAUUCGCGAAGAACCGUUCGAAAAAGAGAAAAAUAUUGAGGUAUUUCGGCAAUCAGACAAGGACGACGACGUGGAAGUGUUUUCCAAUCAGACCAACACGGGAGAAAUGGAAAAAGCUACCGCUCUAAAUCCAAACAACUAUACAGUGUACGUGGUGGUCGCGUGCGGGUUAAUUUUAGCCGCCGUCUUCAUUGUGUGUUUGAUUCGGAAACAAAAAGCGAAAAGAAUCAGGAAAAACAGAAGAGAAAUUAAUCCAGCGGGAGGGGAGGAAAUGAGACCCUUGGAAAAAACAGCCAUCACGGCGAUAAGCGAGAAAAACGGGAAGAGUUCCCAUAUUCCGGAAAACAUACCUCUCAUUAACGGUGGGCAGAACGGCAAGCACAAAGACGAGCCAGUUUUAAAAGCCUACACGCCGCUAGAACACCCGGAGCACUCCGGAGACAGCCAGGAAGACGAGCCGGAGCUAAGAGACAGGCUGGCACCUCCUUCUCCUAGGGAAAGGGUCACGAUCAGAGCCUCGGAACUUCCAGAUUCGAUACCAAAAACGCCAGUGUUCGUGCACCGCCAGAAAAAUAGCGAAGGUGAAAUCAUUACGACGGUGUUACCUCCGGUACUUGUUAUUAACGCGACAUGCUUAGUACCAUCUUUCGCUGAAUUGGCUGAGUACUGUUCUGACGUAAACGUGUUGGAGGGGAUCCUACCUGAGCAGGUAGAGACUUCCCCUUACGAAGGGAUCCGCAAAAUAGGAUCGAUGAAGACAUUGUGGUUUCUAUCGGCCUUAGUGGCCUCGUGCUGGACACUUCCACAAGUCGCUCCAGAAAACUGUUUGCCGUCUUGCACUUGCAAGAAUCUGCUGCCAAAUAUCUUGAAGGUAACGUCAUGUGAUAGUCCCUUGACCAUAAAUUCAACUUUGUUCCGUCAUUUACAUCGAGAAAUCAUCACAGUGAUUAGCUUUUCGAAUGUAAUCGUCGAACAGAUUACAGAAGACGCUUUUGAAAAGUUCCCUCUUCUAGAAGACGUGCUUAUUCAAAACAGUCAAAUCGGACAUGUUGAUUCGAAAGUCUUCGACAAAGUUAAGAAGGUGAAGUUCGCCGAUUGUGGUUUUGAAGACAGUCCGGACUUGAAAUCGGAAAAGCUCCAAGAGCUCCACUUCGGAAGAUGCAAGUUAGACGAGAUACCGCCUUUGGAUAAUCUAUUUUCACUCAAAUUCCUAAACCUCUCAGGAAACUACAUCAACAACAUCGACAUCAUGAGCUUUGCCGAACUUUUCGACUUGGAGACUCUCAUUUUGUCCAAUAACGAGAUUACAAGGAUUCCAGCCAACGUAUUCGUCAACAACGAGGAACUCAAUAGUUUGUACCUGGAUAACAACCCAUUGAAGUACUUCUUUUUGAAUACGUCCAAUAAGCUAGAAACGCUCUCGUUGAAAAACUGUUAUCUGACAAGUUUUGACUACAAAUCUACGUCGAGACUGGAUUCUUUGAACGAACUUAUAUUAAGCAACAAUAAGAUCAACAGUUUGAAGGCGAGAGAUAUGGUUUAUAUGGAAAAACUGACCGUUGUGGAUUUGUCAAAUAACAGCUUGACUGAUUUAGAUAAUGACUUAUUUAUAGGAAACCCUAAUCUGCAAAAGCUAACAUUAGACGGCAACAAGUUCAGUAAGCUUCCCAACUUUACUCUACCAGAUGACAAGAACUUUGAGAUUUAUACGUUAUCCUGCAAGGACUGCGGACUAACUGCUAUCCAUAAAAACGUAUUUGCCCACAUGCCUGCACUGAUUAGGCUAAAUCUGGCUAACAACAAACUGAACAAUGUUGCAGACAUGUUUGAUUUCAUCAUCAGCUUAAGAAUGUUGGAUAUUUCUUACAACAACAUCAGCAAAUUAUCUCCCGUUGCUUUCCAAAACACUACAAACCUAGAAACGCUGAAUAUUGCAGGAAAUCCGCUGUUAACGCUGAACCCUGAGGCCUUCCUGCCGACCAAAGCUAUUAAAAAAAUCGAUGCCAGUCACUGCAGAUUGUAUAAAUUGUGGAGUAGCAACACCACGUAUCUAAAAUCGCUAAGGAAAUUUAUCAUUUCCGAUAAUCAACUCACUACCCUCUCUCUUGAAAAUUUCUCCAUAACACCAUAUCUACAGGUUGUGGAUUUGCACAACAACCCUUUGAAGUUCGACGACAAUUACUGCAGGGUUCUAAGGUAUUUCGACAAGCACGGCGUUUACCAUGUGGAAUAUUCGAACCCUAGUCCUAAUCCAGAGGAAAUGUUGGACGACAUAGACAACUUUACACAAAGCCAAUGGUUGGGAUCUCAAGAAAAGAAAUGUCCAGAAAUAUCUAACGAUAUCGAUGCCAUGGAUUACCAUGUGGAAAACGAUAGCUACGAAGAUGUCCAAGACGAUUUCGAAACGCUUAAAAAGGACGUGCUCAUUAACGACGAUUACGACUAUCACUACGUUGAGGACGAGGAGGACAGUGACAGUGAUAGUGACGAAGAAAAUGACACUGAGGACGCAGAAGAUGAGAGCAGUGACGACAGAAUCACCGCUGAAAUUGUUGAAGACGAAAACAGCAGUCUGGCCAAAGCAUCGUACAUCCUUUCCGUCACUUCAGUGUUUGUCCUCACCGCCCUGGCUGUACUCAUUCUAGCGGUCACUUUCACGCUUUUCAUCUUAAAACGUAACAACAACUUCAACAUGCACAAAGCGAACCUGCCCAGAAUCAAGAUACUUCGCUGGGAAUCACCGAUGGGGCAAAAGAAACACAGCGGGUCCGUCUAUCAGAAAUUAUCGGAGGAAUUAAAUGGACCCCCCACGCCUAAAUGUAGUCGCUACGAAUUUGGUGCCACACCAACGGUCCACACAAUUUAAUUUAAUUCUAACUACUGAUACGUAUACAUUCCUUUAUAUAUUCGCUUAAGUAUUACUAGACUAGUUAAAUACAUAUUGAUAUAACAAAGGAAAUACGCGUUGCAAAACUUAAAUAUAGUUUAAUAUAAUUUUAAUUUAAACUUAGUUUUACAGUUUGUAUAAUAUAUAUUUCAAAAAUUGGUUACUUCUUUUUAGGUAGAGCAUGUGCAAGCAUUUAUAUUUUGUAGUAGUCUAGGUUAACAAUGCUCUUUUAACUGUGGUAUAAAUUAAGUUGUAAUGAUAGAGUCGAAAGUUGUUGUUCAAUAUAAUAUUUAAAAAUCAUUCUUAACAGUUAUCAAUCUGCCAUAGAUGUUUGUACUUAUUCAGAUAUGAUUACACAUUUCUUAAUAAUUGCAAGUAAUAAAUUAAAAUAUAACACGU